AUGACGGAGCAAAAGCCGGCAGAGGGCAUAUCCCUCUACGCGGAGCUGCUGGCCAACAUUCGACAGGUGUCCGUUGGCGUAUCCCUUCCCUCGUUUCCGGACGCGUCAACCUUUGCCCAGGUCUUGGACGGGGGUCGCCAGUUGCAAGUCGGGCACCGGGGGACGGUCGAGAGGCUGCUGCUGCCUGCCCCGGUCGUGGUGGACGCGUCUGCCUUGGCCAUACCGACGUCCUCGACGUUCGAGCUGCGGUGGCGACUGCCCGCAUCCGAAGCACACGCCAGUGCGUUGCGCGUCUCUCCGGAAGACCAGGCGGUGCCUUGGAACGCCAAGGACAUUGCUCGAGGCUCUCCGAUCGGCUGUAGAGGAUGCGGCAGUGCCGUCAUUCAAGCGGGCAGGAUCGGGACGUGGAAAGACCUCCCGAGCGCCAACUGGGCCGAGAUGAUGGAAUUCUGGCAUUGCCAUAAACCGCACGACGAUGCCGAGCACGACGAUGAGGCGCUCGCCAGUCGAGGCUACGGUGCCAACAGUGCCAUUACCGCCCAGCCGGCCGUUGGCUUCGUCGACAUCACCUCCUUAAUGUUUUCCGAGUCGGACUGUGGCAACGUCGUGUUCUCCGCGUCUCUGUCAAGCGGUAGAGCAGCCUCGAGCUCGCUGGCGAUGGGGCAAGAGUUCUCGGGCAAGUAUCUGCACGUCUUCUGCGGCACAUGCGAGGCCGAGGUUGGGCUCUACAGCACGCUUGCCGUCGCCGUGACCCUGUUCAAGUGGCAGGUUACCUGCGAGACGUUGACGGCCAGCAAUGCGCCGAGCGGUCAGGAAUGUCUCGCAUCGACUUUGCUGUCGACCAUCUCGCGAUCGGCGUGCGCCAAAUCCGUCGUUGCGCCUCAGGUAUCGGAUCGGAGCGAGGACGGACGAGUGCUGCACCUCUGGGUCCUGAACCCAAGCGUUCUCUACACAUCCUCCUCCCUCGCUGGCCGAAGGGCGGGCAUGAAGAUGUUGUUCCGCGAGAUCAGCGCAGAGGAAGGAAAUGCGCUGGUGGAGUCCAUGUCUUCGGAUGUGCAGGACAUCGGCAUGCCCGCCAAGGCGAUUGCUGAAGUGCGGCACGCCUUGAUGUCGACCAAUCGCCUGCUGCCGACUGGUGAACGAACUUUCAAGGACUGGAGCGCGGGCCUGCUUGAGCGGUGGCGGGCGGAUACUCUCGACUCGAGGCCAGACCUGCGAAAUGCAUGA